UAAAAAUAUGGCAGACUCAGAGAAAAUGUUAGAAGAUGACUUGGCACUCCUUGAGGAGAGCCCCUCCAUAUACGAGAAAAAAUCUAGCGAUGAUUUGAUUGAAGAGCUGUCUCGGCACCGGACAUGGAAAUACACAGUACUCGUCUUUUCUAUUAGUCUCACAAUCUUGAUCAGCCCUUUAAAUGUCUACAUAACCUCAUUAGCAGGGAUCGACCCAGAGCCCGGCGAUAUUUGGUCAUGUGUAUCCGAAAAAUGCGAGUACUUGACGAGCGCUAAUACCUCAUUACUGCAAGAAUUUCCUUGCGACAUCACCGAAAUCGUGGAUGGCAAAACAGAGUUGGUUUUCGGACCGUCUGACAUAGAAUGGCAUCUUGAGCGCACCUCAUUUUCAGUGGAGUUUGAUUUGUAUUGUAACGUCGGAUCCCGACCUGCACAAAAAACACUCCUCUCCUCCAUGUACUUCCCAGGAGCGUUGUCGGGAUUGAUAGUUGGAGGUUUCCUGUUCGACAACGUGGGGAGGCAGAAAGUAGCCUCUGUAGCUUAUGCCCUUUCCUUCCUCGUACAUCUUGCCACAACAUUCUGCCACAACUUCCAGUUACUCCUGGCUAUCAGAUUUUGGGCGGGUUUUUUUGAGUUUGUGGGUACUACAGGGUUUUACGUAUUACAAUUGGAGCUGAUGCCAGCCAGUUACAGGAACUACAUCAACGGUUUCGCGGGCAUAGUGUGGGCGGCGGGAUAUCCGAUUGCAGCAGCGGUGGGUUAUUUCGUGCACGAUUGGAACUACAUGUACCUUGCAGCAGCCAUCUUAGGCAUUCUCAGUCGAGUACACACAUUUGUGUUUGUUAUGGAGUCACCACGGUUUUACCUUAUAAAGAAUGAUGUGAAGUCAGCGAAGAAAUCGUUCAAAGCGCUAGCAGCACUGACUACAGCUAAUCUAAACCUAGAUAAAACUGAGAUUAUAGAUGCUGGUAAGGCGAAGGAGAGGCAACAGAAUUUGAAACAGCAGUUUAUGGAGCUGAUAAAGUACCCCAGCGUUCUUAAGGAGACCUUACUCUUUAUGUUCCUCUGGUUCUUUAUCGCCAUGUUCUUCUACGGGCUUAAUUUUGGCUGGUCAGAGAUAGUGCCAAACAGAUACCUGGGAUAUCUUUUUGGAGGACUUGGAGAGUUUGUAGCUGCUUGCAUAACUGUCCCAGUGAUACACAAAUUGGGCAGGAGAAGGGCCAUGAUAAUAUUCCACAGUGGUGCUGCCCUGGUGUUCCUGAUUGCCAUCCCGGAGGUGGACCUUGGUAACGGGUGGACCUUGGAGGGUGUCUGUUGUUUGGUGUGUGUGACCUUUAUUGCGGCGAGCUUUGCCGGGAUCUAUCUAUGGACAGGGGAGCUUGCACCUACAUCUCAUAGAGGAUUUGCAUACGCCGCUGGGUCAGGAGCUGCCAGGGUCGGGUCCUUUCUCGGUCCCUACAUCUUCAACAACCUGGCUCCAGUAACCCACAGAGCAGUUCCGUUUGGAAUCCAGUCCUUAGCUUCACUACUCUGUGCUUUUGCAGCGUUCCUAUUGGUGGAGACGGGAGAUAAGGAGAUAGCUUGUGUGCCUGCAGAUGUUGAGGCUAGGAGAAAGGGGUACAGGUAUAGGAUCUAGUGUGCAGGGUCAGAGAGAUACUGUUUGCUUAUUUGGUAGUGGAAGCCGUGGAAUGUUGGAUUAAGACAAUAUUACUUUACAGUUACGUAUUUAAAAAAAAGUAAUGAUUGCAUGGUAGUAUUCAAACUUUUCGCGAAGCCCCCUCCGUAAUUAAAAAAAAUCCUUUUCUUUUAAUGAUCAUCUACAUAUUAUGUAUAUUUAAA